CUUCUGCUUCCCAGGUUUUACUGGGAUUUCACCAUGCUGCUGUUCAUGGUGGGCAACCUGAUCAUCAUCCCCGUGGGCAUCACCUUCUUCAAGGAGGAGACCACGGCACCCUGGAUCGUCUUCAACGUGGUGUCGGACACCUUCUUCCUCAUGGACCUGGUGCUGAACUUCCGGACGGGCAUCGUCAUCGAGGACAACACGGAGAUCAUCCUGGACCCCGAGCGCAUCAAGAAGAAGUACCUCAAGACCUGGUUCGUGGUGGACUUUGUCUCCUCCAUCCCCGUGGAUUACAUCUUCCUCAUCGUGGAGAAGGGCAUCGACUCGGAGGUCUACAAGACGGCCCGCGCCCUCCGCAUCGUCCGCUUCACCAAGAUCCUCAGCCUCCUGCGGCUGCUUCGCCUCUCCCGCCUCAUCCGCUACAUCCACCAGUGGGAAGAGAUCUUCCACAUGACCUAUGACCUGGCGAGCGCCGUGAUGCGCAUCAUCAACCUCAUCGGCAUGAUGCUGCUGCUGUGCCACUGGGACGGCUGCCUCCAGUUCCUGGUGCCCAUGCUGCAGGACUUCCCCAGCAACUGCUGGGUCUCCAUCAACGGCAUGGUGAACAACUCAUGGAGCGAGCUCUACUCCUUUGCGCUCUUCAAGUCCAUGAGCCACAUGCUGUGCAUCGGCUACGGGAAGCAGGCGCCCGAGAGCAUGACUGACAUCUGGCUCACCAUGCUCAGCAUGAUCGUGGGUGCCACCUGCUACGCCAUGUUCAUUGGCCAUGCUACCGCCCUCAUCCAGUCGCUGGACUCCUCGCGGCGCCAGUACCAGGAGAAGUACAAGCAGGUGGAGCAGUACAUGUCCUUCCACAAGCUGCCGGCCGACUUCCGCCAGAAGAUCCACGACUACUACGAGCACCGCUACCAGGGCAAGAUGUUCGACGAAGACAGCAUCUUAGGCGAGCUCAACGAGCCUCUGCGAGAGGAGAUUGUGAACUUCAACUGCCGCAAGCUGGUGGCCUCCAUGCCUCUCUUCGCCAACGCUGACCCCAACUUCGUCACGGCCAUGCUCACCAAGCUCAAGUUCGAGGUCUUCCAGCCGGGUGACUACAUCAUCCGCGAGGGCACCAUCGGCAAGAAGAUGUACUUCAUCCAGCACGGCGUCGUCAGCGUCCUCACCAAGGGCAACAAGGAGAUGAAGCUCUCGGACGGCUCCUACUUUGGGGAGAUCUGCCUGCUGACGCGGGGCCGCCGCACAGCCAGUGUCCGUGCCGACACCUACUGCCGCCUCUACUCGCUCUCGGUGGACAACUUCAACGAGGUGCUGGAGGAGUAUCCCAUGAUGCGGCGCGCCUUCGAGACCGUCGCCAUCGACCGCCUGGACCGCAUUGGCAAGAAGAACUCGAUCCUGCUCCACAAAGUGCAGCAUGACCUCAACUCGGGCGUCUUCAACAACCAGGAGAACGAGAUCAUCCAGGAGAUUGUCAAGUACGACCGGGAGAUGGUGCAGCAGGCAGAGCUGCAGCAGCAGACCGCCCUCUACACGCCCGUGCAGCCCCAGGUCACCUCCGCCAUCGCCACCCUGCAGCAGGCCGUGGCCAUGAGCUUCUGCCCGCAGAUGGCCAGCCCCUUGGUGGGCUCCGUGGCCCUGGGCUCGCCCCGCAUGAUGCGGCGCCUGCAGUACGCCCAGGCCAUGCCCGGCCCCUUCUCCAUGUCGCCCGUGCUGCUGCAGCAGCAGAACCCGCAGCUGCCGCAGCCCAACCGGCAGCCGACGCCACCGCCCGCCUCAGCUGGCGCCUUCCCGGCGGCCGUGUCCAGCCCGCCCUCCCAAAGCCCCCUGGCCGGCCGGACGUUCCCGCAUGGGGCCAAGGGCCAGUUGGGCUCCCAGCAGUCCCUGAGCCAGCAGAAAGCCCCCGGGUCGCCGCAGCGGCUGGCCGCCCACAAGAGCACACAGGCGCUGCCCACCAGCAGCCUGAGCCAGGAGACGCGGCCCCUCUCGGCCUCCCAGCCCUCGCUGCCCCACGGCGUCUCGCCCACCCUGACCCAGAGCCCGCCGCCGUCGGCCCACGAGUCCAGCACCUCCAUCGCCGCUGGCCAGGCCUCGGCCUCGGCCUCGGCCUCGGCCUCCCCCAGCGCCGGCCCCCAAGCUGGGCUGCGGGGCACAGUGCCCACCCGUGCGGCGCUGUCCCACCCGCUGCCCACCAGCGCCACGUACGUGGGGGCAGCCGGCAUCCCACAGGACUCGGGCAGUGCCCGGAAGGAUUCGGUGGCCAGCGCCACUGACACGGACCCAGCCAAAUCCCGGCUCUCGUCCAACUUGUGACCUUUGCUCCCUGCCAGCCGGGCCGGGGCAUGGGGGGAGACUGCGUGAGCUGCCCCCGGCUCGCUCCUGGAAGACGAGGGGUCAACGGGCCUCGGUGCCCAGCCCCGAUGGACACUGGAAGAGGCCGAAGGGGGGUCGAGGAGGGUAGGGGGGCACGGACGGAGCCCCCCACACCCCAUCCCAUGCCGGGCAGGGCAGCCUGGCCCCGCUCCAUCUUCUCUGACCAAAGCGCGGCCCCCAUCUCUCUCCUGCUGCUAGCGUGAAGAGCCUUGUCCCCGCGCCCCUCCUGACUGCACCAUAGAAGCCAUAGCUAAUUAAUCUCGCGACGAUCCAAUAUGUAUAUUAUAUAUAUAUAUAUAUGUAUCAAGGCCCCAGCGCGGGGGCGCAGCACAUGUGUUGGGCACCAGUGUUGGGCACCCUGCGGCACAGAGAGACCCCCCUGCCCCAGCAGCAGGAUGGGGGGGUAGAGGAGGGGUCUGGGCCCUUGCUGGCUCUGCCACACUUCCUGCCCACCCCCAGGGUCUGCCUCGCCCGUGUCCCGCAACCCAUCAGAGGUGCCUGGC